AGCAUCAAUGUUAAUUUAAAAAUUUUUUUUUACAUUGUUUAACACAGGAUCAUUCAGUGCUCAGAUUUCCAGCAGCGCGUCCAGCUCAGGCUUUUAUAUGGUCAUGGUCGAGUCAUGCGCUUGCCUCAUAUUUUUUAUUGACUGCCUCUGCCUCACAUUGUUCCAGUUAACAUUUUCCUUCUUGGCCUCAUGGCUCGUGCAUAGCAAGAUGCUGAGGACACAGUCUUGUGGCGUUGGAAACGUCUGUGUAUUCGACAAGCCCAACCCCACAGUCCAUGAAUGAUCUCUGAGAUCCUCAGACGAGUGGACCGUGAGAUGGACGUGGCAAACACUCGCAGAUGAGAUGGAAAGUAAAUCGUGAACCAGCUUGGACUCGCUGAUGAAGUGUGACACACCCUGCGUUAUUCAGUAGAGAAAAUGGAGGACAGCUGCAUAUGUUCUGGACCAGACGGGAUAAAUAGUGUUUGCUAACGGCACGUCACCUCCAGCCAGUUCUGUUGCAUAAUAAGAAACUCAAGCACAGUUCAAAUCCCUGGAGGAAGAAGCCUGCCAAUCCAAGACACACGCCUGUGCCGAGGAGUUUGUGUGAGAGUCAAGCUCAGAGAAUCCAAACCUUCAGGUCUGAACUUGCCAAAGAAAGCCGAUACAAAGCUGAGACGCCAGCUCAUGAACACCAUGGCACCGCUGAAAGUGGGCCGCUUUAUUGUCCUCUCUACAUCUUGCAUUGGCUGACUAACCAAUCAGAGCGCCACUCUUGUUCACGCGUCACUGAAACACCCUGUGGGUUGCAGAUCUGUCACUGGUCUCACAGAAUCCCAUUCAGAGAUGAUCCUGUGCAGUCAUAUGAGUUUUGUAGUGUUGUUCUGCAUAGUGUGGCUCGUCUCUCCUGCCGUCCUGCGCUCCGAAUUCAAGGUGGCCUACGUGACCGAGCGCAGCGUGUACAUGUGCACGUGUGCGCAGGAUCUGGGCUUCUGUGAGAAGAUGAACUCCAGCGAGUGCAACAACUGUAAGGAUCAUUCGUCAGUGCUGCAAAGGGCCGAGAACCCCAGUCCGGUUCAGAAGAAGCGCCUGACGGUGUGGUACACCUCGCCUCUGAACGUG